AUGUCCAAGCCAAGCCUGAUCUUCUGCCCUGGCGCCUGGUACCCAACCUCAGCCUUCAACCCGCUGAUUGAGAGACUGCCAGGAUACACUUCGCACACGGUAGCAUUCCCCUCCAUCCACGAGGCAACGACGGUCAGGGAUCUCCAGCCCGACAUCGAAGCCGUGCGUAGCCUCGUCCAGCGCGAAUCCGACCAGGGCCGUGAAGUGGUCAUUAUCUCGCACAGCUGGUCCGGACUGCCCGUCAGCAGUGCGCUUGACGGACUAAGCCGGGCGCAACGUGAGAAAGCAGGGCAAAAGGGCGGCGUCGUCAAGCUGAUCUUCCUCUCUGCGUUUAUCCCGGACGUUGGCCAGAGUUUGCUGCAGGCGUUUGGGGGCACGGCGCCUGACUGGUAUAUCCGCGAUGAACCUAAUGGCACCGUAUCGGCCCAUGAUCCAUACACGCUCUUCUUCCAUGAUGCCCCCGACGGAAAAGCAUGGGCGCAGACGCUGCGUCCGCAUGCAUGGGCGACCAAGGUUUCGCCUGCGACUAGUGCGUCGUACCUGCAGAAUCCCUGCGCUUACUUGUACUGCGAAGGCGAUCGAGCAAUCCCACUGUUUGUGCAGGAGUUGAUGGUGGACAAAGCACGGUCCCAGGGUGCGACCAUCGAGACGGAAAAAGUGAAAACAGGGCAUACGCCUUGGUUGGCGAAGCCGGAUGAGGUGGCUGCUUUUAUAAGGAAACAUAUUUGA